UUUAGCGUUCGCUGAAGGUUACUGUGCCUAAAAAACUGCUGCAAAUUUAUAAAAAAUACAAUUGUACACAAUUCAUUUCAAUCGUUUCUUUUUUCACAUUAGGCAUUGCCAUAUCAGCGAGCGAACGGCGCAUGAUAAAGAGAGCGAGAGAACGGUAAAAAAGAGCGCGAGAGUAACAAAAAUGUCUGACGAGGACAGCAACAACUCACAGCGUAUACGCAACGUCCUGACGCUGGAGGAGCGCGUAGAGGUCAUACGUCAAUAUGAUCUGGUGCCCAUGUAUAGCAAGAUAGCCAAGAAUUUCAACUGCAGUUGGGAGCAAAUCAAAAGCAUUGUAAGCAAUAGAGAAUCCAUUAUGGAGUUCUACGAGGCGACCAAGCAGCAUAACAACAAAAGUCCCGAUACACAAAUCGAGGAGUUACGCAAGCGUAAAUUAUUAUUUUUGGGACACUGUUUGUACGAAUACAUACAACGCGCACAGUUCUAUUUGCAUGCGGAUAUUAACGAGGAGUUGAUUAGGAACAAAGCGCUGGAGUUUCAGACGUUGAUGGGCAUAGAACACUUUACGCCCAAUAAGCCCUGGAUAAAUCACUUUAAGGCUGCCUACAAUAUAACGCUCUCCAAUCGUCAGAUUACAAUAACACGCAAACCACCAAGAUCCUUGAAUCUGCGCGAUAUUAUGUCCUAUUGUGGCAAGAAUAGCGCUAGCAACAAUUUAGAAGCUACAGAUGUGCUGGAAAAGAAAGUGGCAGCAACUUCAGCUCCUGCCUUGAUACGCAAGCCCAUGGACAUACGCACCUUGUAUCGCACCAAAACCUUCGUGACCGCCUGUAGUCAGAAUCAGGCAACGUUGGAUGAAGUGCAGCUGCGUCGCAAGCGUAAGAUUAACUUUUUGGAAAAGGCUUUGUACGAAUACAUUUCACGCUCUCAGCUGCAUCACAAGCACAAGAGUCGACUCGACAUGGAUAAUCUACGUGAGGUGGCCAUCAAUCUGCGUGAUAUACUUAAGAUAGAAAACUUCUUUCCGGAUCGCACUUGGUUCAACCACUUCAAAAGUCAUUACAACUUUAAUUUCUCAGGCGUGCCAGAGCAAACUCGACGCGUUAACUUAUCCUUGGAUCUGCGUGAUAUUGUCAGCUACUGUGGACGCCAUGAACAGCGUGAGCAGCCUUUGAGUAACAUAACGCUGACGCCCAAAGAAGCAGAGACAGCAGCGUUAAGCCAUGUGCCUUUGGCAGAGCCCAAGGCGGAGGCCGCAGCUGCAGCAGAGACUAAAGCUGAGACUGAGGACGAUGAGGACGAUUGCAUUGCUAUAGAGCCAACCACUGAGCUGAUUGAAAUCAAAGAUGAUGAAGAAGAUGAACAGCAACCACACCAGUCUGCCACUGAAGCGCUCAAGAGACAAGCAGACAACAACAAUUGCUGCUUCCUGCUGCCCUCGCCACUCAAAAUACAAAAAAUUGAAUCUUUAAACAAAACAGAUGAACCCUCAAAACAACAACAACUGACAAGUAGCGUUAAAAACUAUGAGCAGGCUUUGCAAUUGCUGAAGCCUUUGGAGGACUUUGCUUUAUUAGAGGAAGACUAUCGCGCUAUUGGUUUACUAACGCAGCUGGAGAAAGUUUUCGAAAGCGCUCUUAAAGCAAAGGCAAAUAAUAAUAAUGCUACUACUUAAAUUGCAAAAGCAUAUAGCCAAAUAUAGUAUUCGCAUAUCAACAAAAUGUUACUAUAAGUCCAAAAAUUGUAGCUCUAAGUAUUUGACAAAUUUUGAAAAUUUCUAACUUACCAAAGCUUUAGAGUUGAAGAGUUA